UCUGUCUCUCGGAGUGACGCCGCCUGAUAAAGGGAGUUAACUUCCAUUUUCAAAAGGUUUCGGAACGUCUGCUAAAUUUGAUUGGAGAUGAUCUGUUAUAUAACGACAAUAGACUUGUGUUCCAAGUUUGAGAAUUUGAUAGCGUAAAGAUACUAUGGAUCUCCAUGAAUACACUACAGCCUUGUCGUUUCUAAACACUGUGACAAUGGGACCACAAGAAAUGACGCCUCUGCAUUUAGUUUGUCAUUAAUGAUGACGCCUCACUGAAGUUUACAAUCAUGAUUGGCGUUUUCCAAAUUUAAUCUCUGGAAUCUUCUAAUUCUUAAUUCAGUCACUAAGAAUCCUAAUUCAAUCGCUGGAAUGUUGAAAUUUCUAACUAAAUCACUUGAAUUUUUAAAUUAAUUCAAUCACUGGAAUCUUGAAAUUCCUAAUUGAACCGCUGGAAUCUUCAAAUUAAUUCAAUCACUGGAAUCUUGAAAUUCCUAAUUCAACCACUGGAAUUUUUAUAUUGCCAAUUCAAUCAGCGGAACAUUUAAAUUAAUUUAACCAUUGGAAUCUUGUAACGUAUUCAUUCACUGGAAUCUUGAAAUUAAUCUUUUCAUUUUAAACCCUUACCUGUUUCAUAGGAGUUUGUUGUCUAAUUGGAAUUAUAUAGUCGAUAAAAAUAAAUCAAAGAUUUAAGUCAAGCAUUUAGUGGAAUGACUUCCUUGCCCGCAGCGCCCUUGGCGCCUAAGGAAGAAGGGAUCAGCUCCGGAAGUGGAAAUGUUGAGCCACCAGACGUCACCAAAUCUGUUCAAGUGACUUCCGGAUCGUGGUCUUCAAAGCACAGCGGGUCUUCUGCUUCUGGUGAUGGCGACUCUCUGACGACCGCGCUGCACUCUCACCUUGAUCACGGUAUUCUAAGCCAUUUGGACAUUGUCCACUCUCGACCGGACAAUAAGCGUUGUCAUGGCAACGGAUCACCUGCAAUAAUUAAAUACCAGUGUUCGCCAUUCACCACGACGAUGGGUUCGCUGACCUCUUCCGCCUCCCUUUCGGCCUCCACGGUCAUGCCUUCCGCCCCUGUCACACCACAACAGGAAGCUUUCUUCCCGCCCAAAAUUUUCACGUCCGAUAAAAAAAAGCCUUCGAAAAAACUCGGGCCCAUUAGCGGUGACGUCACCGAUCCUCGCACCCGUUCGGAUGUCGGAUGUGUCUCAGAUAAAAACGCAACUAAUAACUCCGCGAGGGGGCAUCGAUCGCCCCGCGUCACGUCACAUGCAAGAACGUCACCUGGUACCCCUCCUCGUCCCCUGCCACCCGACAGCCCCGGGGAGGCAGAGGAGCGGCGGGGAGAGGGGGACACGGAUUCGUCUGCUCAGAGCUCGGAGGUUGUCGACAGCUCGAAAUCUGUGCCCGUUCCAUCGACUGACGCUUCGCCGAGCGACGCCUGCACCCCCGCCAUCCACCACUGCAGUGGCGAGUUAGCGCCAUGGGAAUCGCCUGAAUCCGACUGGAGGAAGGAUAAAGUACAAGGGAAUAAAACAAGGGAGCUUACGCAGGCAGACAAUCCAAAAGGCCGAUUUGAUCCUGGUGACACCAGAGUUGUCGCCUUUCACCAGACCAGCGACCAGCGACGUCACUCAAACUCGGGACUGCGUCUCAAUAGCCGCUUCAGAAAUGUAGCGCCGGCAAAGAACGACCUUAACCCUGACCCCAGCCUGCCUUGCAACGGAGCAGGACGGAGUUGUAGGACGUUGGCCGCGGAGCCAAUCACCGACAAGGGUCAUAUCUGUGACUGGCGCGUGCAAGAACACUAUCACCAGAGCGUUGAAGACGACGAGGAAGUAUUCGUAGAAACUUCGCAAGACGACACGAGGAUUAAAUGCUGUGCAGUGCGGCCAUGCUUUCUCCGACAGAGUGCCGAGCACAACCGUAGUUCUCCGAAAGAAGACGAAUGCCCGGAAAUCAGAAUCAACUGUGAUGGCGUGUCCGUCUCCUUGGAGUGCGACGCUAUAAAUGGCGUAGCUCAUGACGUACCUGAUGACGCUGCCCAGUUGGACGUCGGGAUGAUUGAUGUUUCAUUAUGCAAAAACAAAUGUGAAAUAAAUUAUGCUCCGCCUAUGGUCCGCGACGGUCACUCCUUCCCGUCUGACGCUGAACACUUUGACAACGCCAGCUUUGAAGACGACGGCGAAGCCUUUACACAUUUCCCAGUGGUCACACCGUCGAUACAAAUAACAUCAACACCAACUAAGGAGGCUACCUCUGAUAGCCCGACACUUGAUACCGACAACCCGAACGCGUCGCCGGACAAUGCUCCAUGUUUAGGGGCUGACAAGUCGACAGUGUCCGGACCACAAGCUACCAAACUGCGCGAGACAUUCAUCAACGGACUGAGGCGACUAUCGAGGGAGAAAAACUCCUUUCUUAGGAUAGAUCAUUCUUACAACUACGGCAGGCCUUCUUUGGAUACACAGGAACGCGGCUCCAGUGGUUGCACGUUUUUAUUCCCCGGCCCCCAGUCUCAUCUAAGCAGCUCCCCUAAAGGCGUUGUGAGAGGCCCCGGGGAGCGCAGGAAAUUGAAAGUUGAGUUCGCCGUCAUGGAGGAAGAAGGUCACAAAUUGAACCGGCCGAGAGCCAGAGGGGGCGGGGGAGAGUACGGAGUGAAGGACGAGGUGGAUAAUCACGUGGCCAUGCUCGGGGGCAAUUCGGCGAGGUUUCGGCAGCCCCGCGUGUCGCUGCUUGGGAAGCCUCUCAACUACCGGGCCCACAGGCGGGAUAUGCGUUACAGAAGAAUUCAGGCCCGGAUAUACAACUUUCUGGAGCGGCCGAAGAACUGGGGCUCGUGGAUGUAUCACUUCCUCAUGUUCGGCUUUGUGCUCCUGUGCUUGACACUUGGUGUCCUGUCGUCCAUCAGUGAACUGGAGUCUGAUCUCAUUCAAUCAACAGUCUACUUGGAACUGGUCAUGUUGCUGUGGAUUGCCAUUGAGCUCGGACUUCGCGUCUGGUCAGCAGGCUGCAGAUCUAGGCAUCAGGGCGUGGCUGGUCGUCUGAGGUUUCUUCGGCGCCCGCUGUGUAUAAUUGAUAUAAUCCUAGUAGCUGCCAGUGUCACCACGAUGAUCGUGGGGACCACACAGGAACACUUCCCACAAGCAGUGCUGAGCGGACUUCGGUUCUUCCAAAUCCUCCGAAUGGUUCGCAUGGACAGAAAAGGUGGCACGUGGAAACUAUUGGGGUCCGUCGUCUGGGCCCACAGGCAGGAGCUAGUGACCACUCUGUACAUUGGUCUACUGGGACUGGUCUUCUCCUCCUACUUUGUCUACCUGGCAGAGAAAGAUGAGCCGAAGCUGGACUCUGGGAACAACAAGCAGUACAACAGUACCGGAUACAAACCUAAAUUUAGUAACUUUGCUGACGCCAUCUGGUGGGGAGUGGUCACUCUAUGCACAGUGGGUUACGGCGAUGUCGUCCCUGCUUCGUGGGGAGGCAAACUAAUAGCAGCAUUCUCCGCCAUCCUAGGGAUCUCUUUCUUCGCUCUACCAGCGGGUAUAUUAGGUUCCGGAUUCGCUCUGAAGGUUCAGCAGCAGCAGAGGCAGAAACACUUGAACAGGAGGCGUGUUCCAGCAGCCAACCUCAUCCAGUGUCUGUGGCGAUGCUACGCCGCUGAUGAGCACUCCAUAUCAACAGCGACAUGGAAACGCCACAUGAUACCAUGCCCCAGCCCACCCUCCGAGAGGUCAUUCAAAAACAACACGUCGUUCGUUAGCCGCUUCUCGACCCGGAGACGUGACCGCAGCUGCACAAUCAGCAGCAACACGAGUCACAGCAACGGUCAAGCCCAGUCGCCGAUGACCACCAGGCACCACGCUAGACGGACAGCCAUCUCCACUUCUGACGAGGAGGUCCCCAAUGUCUUAGACAGCUUGGUGAAUCGCACCUGGAGUCAUUUGAGUUUGGCCACUGGACUGACAGAACAUAAGCUACAGCUGGACAUGUUGCCAUUCAAGAAGGAGAACUCGGUAUCUUCGAUUGGAAAGGAAUCUGAAGAAGAAGACUUGUCCCCACGACUGACCCAGCUGACGGAGCAACAUAAAAAAGCCAUCAGGGCCAUCCGGAAAAUCCGCUAUUUUGUGGCCCGGAGAAAGUUCCGAGAGGCGUUGAGGCCCUAUGACGUCAAGGAUGUCAUAGAGCAGUACUCUGCUGGUCACGUGGAUAUGCUGGGCAGAAUUAAGAACCUACAGGGAAGACUUGAUCAAAUUUUGGGUCGACAGGGAAGUAAGAGCAAAGAUGUUUAUGAAUCAAAAAUUUGUUUGGCUUCAAGAAUUGUUAAAGUAGAAAGACAGGUUGAUGAUAUAGAAACCAAACUUGACUUACUGGUUGAUAUGUACAAAGAAGACCGGAAGUUACUUUUACAGCAUUUGCAGUUCUCCUGUCAAGGCUCAACUAACAAAGGCGACCAGCCCCCUCCUCCCGCACCAGCCACAACAACGACGCCACAAUUCAAGCCCCGGCCCAUACUAAUUGACAAACAGUUCACCAGCGAGCCGGCGACUCCAACCGCUCUCAGCUUUCCUGGCUCCGGGGUACGCGGCAAACCGAUCAUACAAAGAAACCUUUCAGAUCUUAGCACGAGAAUAAAAAAGCGAGUGACUUAUCAUCCUUUAUCGCUGCACGACCCGCCGUCGCGGGCGCAGUCGGCCGCCAACUUUAAUUCUGGCUCUCCGUUGUGUUCCAUCUUGACCACCUCAGCUCGGACUGACCCCACACUCCAGGGCGACUCGACAGCGUGCUCGGUUAACGACUCGUCGGCAUUACAAUCUUCGCGCACGCUCGAGACAAGCGUAGAUUUGCCCGUGGAGGAAGCAAGCAACACGGAGUUGUCAGAGUUCCACCCGGGUUUGAAAUCCAGUGACUUCCAGCAGCACAAACUGCUACACCAGCCUUCUUCCAUUAGUCUACCUCCAUUGCCUAGCUCCACCUUGUCAACCCUAAGUGAACAGCGAAGCAUUGAGUCCGACUCCAGCUUGUCUUGUGGUGAGGCCGGCCACGGCGCCCACCCAUACUCAAACAAUAACAACACGUCGGAACAGACUCUGCCGCCAGCAACGGACUUGACCGACCCAAUCAAGGAAACGCCUUGCUGCCAUCUUGAAGGACGCAGCUCUGCCUUAUCCUCGAAGGCCCCUUCCUCCAGGCAAGAGGACACCAGUACAUCAGACAGUAGAGAUUAUUCCGCUGAUUUAAUUAUAUGAAAGUCCGUCGUCUUCUUCGUGUGUAUGUAUUUAUAAGUAACAGAGGGAAAAAUAAGACAAAAGAAUCAAAACCGCCGCCAAACUAAGAUUUAAAAAAAAAAUUAUUUUCUAGAAGCGGCAAAAGGUUUUAUCAUACUCAGGUAUUGGUCCGACAUCUAAACCGAAUGCGUCAUCCUACUUGAUUGCAUUAUCAUACCUGAUUGCGACAUCUAUCCUGUUUGCGACAUCUAUCCUGUUAACCGUCAGUUAACCAAGGAUGUGGGAAAACGAGAACAAGCUGAAGAGAAAGAUGUGAAAUGAGAUCUAUCCCACUCAAUACUAUUGUAUCUUCAACAACUAUCUGACAUUUUUUAUUUGCCUCAGUAAUUAUCUGUGACCAACAAAAAUGUUUAUAAUUUAGGUAGCUUAGAGUAUCUCUUCAUUUAUUUUUUUUUUGGGGGGGGAGGGGAAAGGAGGGGGCCGCAUAUAAAGAGUUGAAGGACAUUUAGUAUCAGUUGGCGUCAGGAGUGUUAAGAAAAUAAAUCUGUUAUUCGCACCCGUAACUUUCAUUGUUACUUAUGAUUUAAAUACUUCUAACAAAUAUUUACAGACUUUAUAAAUGAGUGCUCUAUUUUGGAGGAAACUGAAAAAAAAAAUAGAGCUUUAAAUGACGAAGACAUAUAUGUAAGAAAUAAAGGGAGAGAAUAAAACGUUUUCAUUAAAGUUGCUAUUUAAGUUGUUUAAGUUUUCAGCUUUCUGAAAUUAAUUUUUUAAAAUUACAAAAUGCUGUUACUAGUUUUUUAAACACUGAUUUAUAAUUUAAGAAAUUUCUUCACUUACAUGACUAACUUUUAAAUGUUUUAGUUAAAGUAUCAUAUAAUUACUUAAAAUUACAAUAUAAGUAUUCAAAAUUAUAUAUUUAGUAAUUGCGAAAAAUGAAGACAAUUGCAGAGGUCUGCGUGGUGGUCCUGGAAGUCAAAUUGAAAUCCAGGUGAAGACUGGGAUUUUUAAUUUCAAGAUUUGUGGGCACCUCUGAGUCCAACCAGCUCUAAUGGGUACCUGACAUUAGUAUGGGAACAGUAAAUGCGGUUGGUCGUUGUGCUUGCCACAUGACACCCUCGGAAACCGUAGGCCACAGAAACAGAUGACCCUUACAUCCUCUGCCCUAUAGACUACAAGGGGAACUAACUUUUUAAAGUACUCCUACCAAUAGGCCACAUUAAACAAAAAGAGACAUGAAAACAAAAAAAAAGAAACAUAAGACAAUAAAACAGACAUAAGCUCAAACAAGAAAAAUAUAAGAAACUAGUCCACCCACGGCGUAGCAUACGCCGCUAUUUUGCAAGUCCGGCCUUAGCCCACUGCAACCUAUGCGACCGCAGUAGACCCCACACUUUCAUAGAACCCGCGCUAUUUCUAGGUGUAAAUUAUUACAUUAAACCAUGUUGUAACUUAUAACAGAAAAAACGGAAAUUAUUAAAAUCUAUAUAAAAAAUCUUUAUUAAAAUUAUUAAAAUCUUUUGAAAACUCAUAAAAAUCUCAUGAAAUACAUAGACAAAAAUUGUCAUUUCGGGGUGACAUUAAAUACGGAAAACGCCAAUACUACGCGAGAUAAAAAAAAACGGCAUUAUGCAAUACCCGUAAUUGUGGAAUCUGAAGAAAGAAGCUUCUCGCACCUCAAUGCCUCAAACUAAUGAAUAAUUACUUGAAGUCAACAAUUCUCGUAGAUAGAUUGAAACAUUUGGUAAUUCUCACCAUUCAUUGUGAUCUAUGUAGGAAAUAUAAUUUUUAUGAUAUACGGUAUGACUUCGUUACAAGCAAGGCUCGUAAAGUAUGAAUAAAAUGCCAAUACGAAUUCAUUUUCUAAUACAAACUCUUAAUUUUCACUUAUUAUCCGUAUCCCUACCCAAACUUGGCCCCGCGAAAUCUGUUUCGCAUAGGGCCUCACAAUGGUUAUGACAGGCCCUGCUAUUUAGUGACGAGUGAGGGAGGGUGUAUCUGUGUGGACAUUACAUUGAUAGCUUUUUAAAAGCGUUUAUAAAAAAAAAUAUUUAAACAAAAUUUAAUACCUGGACUCGAACACUCCUCCAGCCAAUACACUAACCUUUGUACCGGAGAAGUGCUUAUGAAAAUAGAAGGUUUAUAGUUAUCUAUUGUUUCAAACUUGAAAGCAGAGUAUAAAGGGGACUAAUUCAACUUAUACCACCACAUCAGUCAAGUACAAUUUCUUUCCCUUGUUCGAUACUUAACAGAAUAAUUAAUUACCAAUAGUUAAUUUACUAAUUCGUUAUUUUUUAAAAUCGAUUCUUGGUUUGUCAGGGAAAAGAAAUAAAUGUAUAUAAUUUCAACUUCAUCCGAGAUGGGGUGUCGGAGAAAUAACGUGUACAGACUUCUUACAAAACAGAGUGAGUUGAUAGAAGCUUUGUAAAAAAAAAUAAUUAAAAUAAAACUAAAUAAUUAAAUAAAACGGAUAGCGUCGUGUACAAGCGCCUGUGUUCCAUUGAUUCAAAUUUUGCUGUGAUUUGUUUACGAGAAAUCAAUGACCUCAUACCCCAGUCCUAUGGCACAUGUUACUUCCUCCAUCUGUGUUUAUUGUGUUUUAAUAAAUCUAUACAUACAU